AUGACCGGCGACGUAAGUCACGCCGCGGCGCAAAUCCUCUCUGCCGACAGCUCGCGCGAUCCCAGCUACGACGACUUCUCCUUCACCCCCUUCAUCCGCAAGAGCUUCGGGUUCGGCCUCGCCAGCGAUGUCCCUGUCUGCAAAGCCUACAGCGAGGGCCAUUGUCCAUUAGGACCGGCCUGUCCAGAUCGCCAUCCCACCCCCUCGCGCGUGACAACCUCGACGACGACCGCGUCCGGGCUGGCGCCCUCCACGACGCACGGCUCGCUGGUGUGCAAGCACUUUCUCAAAGGCCUCUGUAAGAAGGGGCUCAAAUGCGAAUACCUCCAUGAAUACAACCUGCGACGGAUGCCGGAAUGCCAGUCGUUCUCGCGGUCGGGAUACUGCCCCAACGGAGACGACUGUCUCUACCAACACGUGCGGGAGCAGGCCCGUCUCCCGCCGUGCGAACACUACGACCGCGGAUUCUGCCCGCUGGGCCCGCUCUGCGCCAAACGCCAUGUCCGCCGCCGGCUCUGUCCGUUCUAUCUGGCUGGGUUUUGUCCCGAGGGGAAGAACUGCGCCGACGCCCAUCCGCGCUGGUCGGAGAACCUGCCGCGUCCGACCCUGCGCGUGGAGAAGACCGAGGAGGAGCUGGAGCGGGAACGCACGUUGAUCCGCGAGGAGCAAGAACGGGAGAAAGAGCGCGAGCGCGAGUGGAGGAGUGAACGGGGACGAGGGGGAGGAUACCCAAUGGAUUGUAUACGGCCUACUGAGUGUACUUCGUACAAAGUUAUGUAG